GCCUAGAUACGAUAUUUCUCACAUCUGUGAGACAAGUAACCUAUACUCUGGUUUUGGUUCAUUUUUAUGACGCACUCCACAGUUGAAGGAAGCGCACCUUGUUUUUGUUUUCUUCAUUUUACAAAAUCACAAUGAUUUGUUGAUAUUAUGAGCAUACACAAAUGCUUAAUUGCAUACACUAAUUGCUUCCACAGUCCACACAAACACUCGGAUAUGCCUAAUAACACAUUUAUCUACAUUAACGUCAUGUAAGGUGCUACUACUUACGUUUCAAUUUUAAAUGAUAAGCCAUAUUUGAGGUCGAUAAAUGAUAGGUUUGGAUUGAUGUAGCCUCUAAUUACCACAAAAUUACCACAAAGACCAGCCCUUUACGAUCCGUCACAGACGCAGACAGUUUCUUUCUAUUUUCCUUUUUUCUUUUUAUUCCUGCAACUAACCUAAUAAUAAAAUUUUGGUCGACUAAUGGUUCUAAAGACACCACAGACAGCCGCAAACUUAUAACUGUUAACUCGUUUAUUUUCAGGCAAAUUAAUCAAAUCAAAUUAAUAAAUCCUGAGAUAUUUCAGAUAUUUCUUUGUGUGCCAUAUCAGCAUCAAAACUUCAAAAACAAGGAGUUUUUGAAAUGAUGAAAAAACUAAAAAAUUAUACAAUGUAUAAAAACAAAGCAAAUCAAAGAAUAAUGAAAAAAAAAGGUUAUUUUUUGAAAGUGAUUUGGCAAACACCUCCUAAUACAGCAUCCAUCACCCCAUACCACUUCCAGGAUGCUGCUGUCAGUUCCCCAUCCUCUGUGCUGACCCCUGACUGUGGACACUUAAGAUCCUGUAACAAGAAAACAAGCAAAAUAAAUACAUGAACAGUAUUAAAACAAAGAUAAAAAAAAUAAGUACAAAUUACUUACAAAAAAAAAAAAAAUUUAUAAAAAAAAAUUACUUUGUACUUCUGCUUGAGGUUUUCCCAUUUCUUUUUGACCCAAGCAGCAGACACUUUACCCUGCAGAAAAACACAUUAAUAUGCAAAUUAGCUUUAGUUUAGAGAUACAUUGUAUAUAAUGAGAAAACCUGUUUAUGGCCAUUUUACACACAUUUUGCAUAAAGAAAAAAGGUAUCGAAUCAUAAUCGUAAAUAAUGUUUACAGCUAGUCUUUAAAACUGUGGUUUCACAAAGAAAUUCACAUGCAGAAGCUAUUUAAAUUUAUAUACAAAGCUAAAUGUUGGCAUAGCAGUAAUAAAAUAAUCAACCUGACUAGAUGAAAAAACAACAACAAAACAAAACAAAACGGAAGAAGAAAAGAAUGGAGAACAGAACACUAGUUCAACCCUGAGACAACCUAUAACCUAUUGCAUGUCAUACAUAUACUAGCAUUCACAUCAGAUUAUAUUUCACAAUUCAAUUUCAAAAGAAUUUUACAAUUUACUUUCAUACAACACCAAAACAUGCAGUUUUACUGACAUUCAGUUACUUAAUCAUAAGGGAACAAAUUAUGUAUAAAUAUUUUCACACAUGAUUGAGUGUACUGUAGGUAUCAGUAAAUGGCAUUUAAUAGGCGGUGUUUCCAAAAUUAAACACAUGAGCUGUUAGUUUUGAAAGAUGUGUCUAAUGUAAAGAACUGUUUAGUGUUUUCACUGAGUGUGUCUCAAGUACAAUUUGCAGUGUGAAAGCAAUUUUAAAACACUUAUAUGCGACGACUUGACAAUUGACCAUGGCAACAGUAGGAUGCUCAAAUGAUUUGUACAAAUAUAUUAUAAAAAGUGUUUUAUUCAAAAAUUCUGUAAGAAUGUUGAUGGUUAGCUAACUGGAUGCCAAAGUAGCCUACAUUUUAGUUUAAUGAACCUCAACAGAUUUAGCCCAAAUUUAUGAACACAAGAUCCUUUCAAGACUAAACCCUCUUAAAAAUCACUGAAUAUUUGGUACAGUGUUGGAAGAGCUACUAAUCCAUCAACCAUUAAAAAAAUAAAAAAUAAAUAAAGAUCAGCUGUCUUUUCAAAACAUUUCAAAAGCUGUAAAUGUUCCAAACACCAGCCAGCAUCAAAAGGGUCAAGCCCCUGAAGACUUUAUACAUAUACUAAAUGAAUCUGUGAUAAUAAAUGCAAUCAAAUCUCAUUUGCAUGAACACAAUACACAUUGUUGAAACAUAUUUAUAGUGAUGUCCCGCAGCAAUUUAAAGUUCCUUUAUGCAUAAAUAACAUUUCACAUUUCCAUGAAACGUUCCUUUCUGCAUGAUUACACAAACACAAACACAGAUGAGGAACACAGUUCACUUCAGAAACUAGUGUUAGUUUGGUGGCAUCUUAACAACACCAAAACUGUCAGAAAGUGAAUGAAGAUAUAGAAAAAUGUACAGAGAACAUGGGAAAAACAUCAAUGAUAUCUAUGAAAAUGACUUUGUUACAAAGGGUAAAUUUGGAAGAAAGACCACGGACAGUAACGCAACAAGAAUCCAGUCAUCUGAACUCAAAGGUACGACUCAGAAAAUGGACACAGGAGCAAGACAAAAGAAGACAGAUGAUCUCUAUGAAAAUGCUGAUGCUAUGAGAGGUAAAAUCACAAUGGAGAUCAACGACCCGAAUACAACAAGAAUCCAGCCAUCUGAACACACAGGAAGUGAUUGUGUGAAGAUCAGAAGCUCCAGAUCAGCUGUAGUGUGUUUGGUUCUGCUGUGUGUUCUUCUGCUGACUGCAGUCAUAGUACUGUGUGUCUUCUUCACUCAAGAGAGACAACAGCUCAUAUCCAAGAAUGAAAACCUGAUCACUGAGAGAGAGCAGAUAAUAUCCAAGAUUGAAAAUCUGACCAAUGAGAGAGAGCAGAUAAUAUCCAAGAUUGAAAAUCUGACCAAUGAGAGAGAGCAGAUAAUAUCCAAGAUUGAAAAUCUGACCAAUGAGAGAGAGCAGAUAAUAUCCAAGAUUGAAAAUCUGACCAAUGAGAGAGAGCAGUUGAUACUCAAGAACACAAACCUGACCAAUGAGAGAGAGCAGAUAAUAUCCAAGAUUGAAAAUCUGACCAAUGAGAGAGAGCAGAUAAUAUCCAAGAUUGAAAAUCUGACCAAUGAGAGAGACCAGCUGAGAAAUGAACUUCAGAUUUGUGUUGGGUGGACUUGCUAUCAAUCCAGUUUUUACUACAAGUCCAAUGAGCAGAAGAACUGGACUGAGAGCAGGAGAUACUGUACAGAGAGAGGAGCAGAUCUGAUCAUCAUAAACAACAGACAGGAACAAGAUUUUGUUAAGAACAUGUCUGGUGCUGCUAUAGUUUAUAUCGGUCUGACUGACAGUGAUGUGGAGGGCACAUGGAAAUGGGUUGAUGGCAGCACACUGGGCUCUAGGUGAGAAAUCACUGAACUGAUUAU